ACUGCUUCCCUUUCUCUCUUCUGGCCAACGCUGAUGUGUAACUAACUAGAGUGGAGUCUUUGACGCUGCUAAAAUGUUGACUUUUGGAUCAAAACUCUUGCUGCUGCUCCUCUUUGCUUUCCCCUGCGGCUUGAUUACCACGGGCAGAGUGUCCGCCAGCACCGAUUCCGCUGAGGAACUGGACCCGGAUGCAUCUGUCCACGAGGAGGAAGAAGAUGAUGAAGAGAUGGCGGUGGAAGAAGAUCAGAUCCAAAGUCCGGAAGGAGAGGACGACGACGACGACUCCGAAGGCGAUGAAAAAUUGUUAACGUCUCACGCGGAUGCCGACACCACCGUCGUCUUCACGACCGGAGAAGAGUUUCCCGCCAAUGAAAUUGUGAGGUUCCUGGUGGGUUUCACCAACAAGGGCGCUCAGGAUUUCACGGUCGAGUCCUUGGAGGCCUCUUUCCGUUACCCGCAGGACUUUCAGUUCUACAUUCAGAAUUUCACAGCUUUGCCUCUGAACACGUUGGUUCAUCCGGGUGCGCAGGCUUCCUUCGAAUACUCCUUCAUCCCAGCUCAGCCCAUGGCCGGCCGGCCGUUCGGUCUCGUUAUUCUCCUCAACUAUCAUGACGCCGAAGGCAACGUGUUUCAGGCUGCCAUUUACAAUCAGACCGUCACCAUCAUCGAAAAAGAAGAAGGGCUGGAUGGUGAAACAGUGUUUAUGUACAUAUUCCUUAGCGGGCUGGUGGUGCUGAUGCUCUUUGCAAUGUACCAAGUUCUGGAGUCACGGACGAAAAAGAGAAUCUCAAUCAAGUUAGAGAAGGGAACCGGCGGGAUGAGCGAUGUGGACAUCAGCUGGAUUCCUCAGGAGACUCUCAAUGCCAUGAAUAAGGCGUCCCCCAAAAGUUCGCCACGGAAACGAACCAAGCGGGCAGUCGGAGCGGAUCAAUAAAGACAUCAAGUCCACGAGGAUUUCAAAGCUCAUUUUCUCACACGUUUCAUGUGUGACGGAUGUCCGUUAUGAGUCUUUUUUUUUUUUUUUUUUUUUUUUUUUUUUUGGUGCUCCGCUGCUCUCGGAGGUGCUGUCUUGACACCAGCCGGAUUGAAUUGUUGUUCAUUUGAAUGUUUUCGUAACGGUAUGAGUGUUUGCGAUCGAUGUGCGAAUGGGAGAGACUGGACAGGAAAUGAGUAUGCAUCUUUUUGUAAGAAUGUUAUGUUUUCACCAGCAGAUAAAUGAAUUGCGCCCGAUCUAUUUCACGGGACCCCACAAAUCCCCAAAAUUGGAAAGUUUUUCAAAGCACACGUAAAUUGGUUCGGAAAAUGGAGAAUGAGAUGCAAUUUUGAUUCGGUUUCAAAAUAAAUAUCGUCAUUUUAAACGGCAGCUGCAAUUCCAACAA